AUGUUUAAAUCAACGUGUCAUUCUCAUCAACCAUCAUCAACAUCUAAUAACGAUAUACAAAAUUUAAUGGAUAUAAAUCCUGAUAAUCGUCGUCAAUCAUCUUUAAAUGAUAAACGUAUUCAUAAUGUUAAUUAUGUUCGACAUGUUCUAAGAAAAUUUUUUGGUAGUUAUACUAAAAAAUCGUCAUCAACAACAAGUUUUGAUGAUAUUUCUUAUGAACAAUUACAAACGACGAAUAUCAUAAAAAAUAAUUCAAUAUCUUCAAUAUUAAUUCAUCCAUGUUUACAAUAUGAUAAACAUACAAAAUUUUCUGGUAAAAAUUUACAAAAAAAAAAAAAAGAAUUAAAGAAUUUGAUUACUUAUUUUUUUCAAUUUCUAGGUGAAUUAUUACUUGAUUGGCUUUUGAAUCAUUUUGAAGGUCGUUGUGAAAAUUUAACAUUAAUAAAACAAGUUAUAUUACAGUGUUGUACAUGUCUUAUUUCUCUUGGCGUACUUCGAAUAGAAAGUGAUCAAAAUAAUGAUUUAUUUCAGGCAGAAAGUUUGUAUUCAUGGGCAACUAACACAAAUGAUGAAGAUACAAAUAUUAGAUUAUCAUCACCAAGAAUAUCCAGUAACAUUAAUCAUUAUCUGGUUGAAAGCAAAGAAACUAACUAUAGAACAUCGACAGCGACAACCAUUUUGGAUAUUCUUAAAAACGAAUACGGUUUUCAUCCUGAUAUUGAACCAAGUGAAAAAAAGUCAAUAUCUACACAAUACGAUCUUUUCAAUCAAAUAGAAAAGAUUGAAAAAUCAACACAAACAAAUCAAAUAAAUUUAGGUCUUAUUCCUUAUUCUAAGAAAUGUUUAACAUUUAAAUUUUAUAACACAAUGUCAUCAUCAAUCAUAAAAAAUCCAAAUUCAGAUUGUGAAUCAUCAUCUUCAACAUCAAAUUGUUAUGAUGAAAUUACUAUGCGACGAGCAAUGCAUAAAUUAUUAUCAUAUGUUAAUAACAAUGAUCCUUCGUUGUCUUUAGAUGAUAAUGUUCAUUCAUCUGUUUCAUCUUCACUUGUCCUUCAUCCUUCACUAUCGUACAAAAAUAAUCAUGCUAAAUAUACAAGUGAUUUAUUAAUUGAUUGGUUAACACUCAAUCGUGAUACAAGAAAUUCUUCUACACAAGCAUUUGUUAAACAACUUAAAUCAAGUUUACAUUCCAAUACGAAUUCAAACGACAAUGAUCUUCGAAAAAUUUUAAACUUACGUGGCUCAAAAGAUGAAUCCAAACCACCGCUAUCAUCUGGUAAAGAACAAUCUAUAUCAUCUUGUCUUAAAGUUCAUCAAAAUAUCAACGAUGAUAUAUGCACAAUUUUGUCAAAUCUUAUUAUUCAAGUUGAUGAAAAACCAGAAUCAUCUGAUGUGCCAUCUUCCAUAUCAAACAUUCCAUUACCAAUACCUUUACCUCCUCCACCACCACCAUUCUUUACCAUUGUUACACCAACCAUAACAUCACCUCCUUCAUCCAUUCCACCACCUCCUCCUCCUUUUCCAGAUUUUUGUAUUCCAUCACCUCCACCUUUUCCUAGUUUUGGUGUUCCACUACCACCUCCUUUUCCAAUUUUGACUGGUCCACCGCCACCUCCACCAUUUCCAGGCUCGGCUGGUCCGCCGCCGCCUCCACCUCCUCCAUUCCCUGGCUUUGGUGUUUCAUCAUUACCACCAUCAUCAACAAUGGGCUCAGGCGGACCUCCGCCACCACCUCCACCUCCACCUCCAAUGAUGCCGGGGUUUGGUGCUCCACCACAAUUACCACAAUACUUACGUAAGAAACAAAAAUAUGCUGUAACUGAACCAGUUAAAAAAGUUCAAUGGAGUAAAAUCAAUCCGCAUACAAUUAAAAAAGAUUCUAUGUGGGUUCAUGUUGAUGAAGAAAAAUAUGUUAAUGAUGAACUUUUUUCUGAUAUACGAAAAAAUUUUGCAAGCAAAGUAGCUCCAACUAGACAACCUAUCCAUGAUCUUGUUGACAAAUCAAAAGAAUUACGUGUUCUUGAUGCUAAAGCUGCACAAAACUUUGGUAUAAAUUUAUUUUUUGAAACAAAACAGAAAAAACGACGAAUAAUCAAAUUCAUUAUUUUAGCUAUUAUGUUCAGUCAAUUGAAAGCACCACCAUCAGUUUUUCGUGAAUGGAUGCUUUCAUGUGAUAAUGAAUAUUUAAAAGAUGAUUUUAUUAAACAAUUAGAAAAAUAUUUACCAACACCUGAAGAAUUAAAAACAUUAGCUGAUUAUAAAAAUGAAAUUAAUGAUUUACAAUAUUCAGAACAGUAUUUUUGUGCUAUCGGUGAUAUAAAGCGAUUAAAACAACGUUUAAAAACUCUUUUAUUUAAAGCAAAUUAUAAAGAAACAUUUGAAGAAACAGAUAAAGCAUUUGUUGAAGUUCGUACAGCAUGUGAUCAUGUUCGACAUUCAAUUCGAUUUAAAAAAAUGCUGGAAUUAAUAUUAACAGUAGGAAAUUAUAUGAAUUCAAGUGCAAAAUCAUAUGAACCUAUAUAUGGAUUUGAUAUUAGUUUUUUACCUAAAUUACAUUCAACAAAAGCAAAUGAUGGUCGUCGUUCAUUACUUCAUUUUAUUGUUCAAGCUAUAGAAAAUAAACAUCGUGAUUUACUUUCAUUUUCUGAUGAAUUCUAUUCACUUGCUGAUGGUAUAUCCAAAAUUAGUAUACUUGAGUUACAAAAACAACCAAAAGAAAUUAAUAAAGAAUUAAAAAAUGCUCGAGAAGAAUUAGAUAUUGCAAAAAAUCUUGAAGAACAAAUUGAUGGAGAUAAAUUUAUCAAAUCAAUUGAAGAUUUUAUUAUUCGAGCUGAUAAUGAUGUUUCACGAUUAGAACAAUUAGAUGGAGAAAUGACACAAGCUUAUCAAAAUCUUUGUGAUUUUUUAGCUAUUGAUCCAAAAAAUUAUUCGCUCAAUGAAUUUUUUACAGAUCUCAAAUCAUUUUGUUCUUUUUUUUCGACAUGUCUUCAAGAAGUACGAGCAUGGCGUGAACAAGCAGCAAAAGCAGCUAAACUCUCUCAAAAUCUAAUGUCUACUUCACAAUAUUUUGUUCGAACAUCCUCACGUCGUUUUCCUACACGAUCUGAUUCAACUGAUGAUUUUAUAUUGGCUGCUGCCGAAAGUUUUGCUUCAUCAUCACGUGGUUCUUCUCCAUCUAUAGCAUAUCGUCGACAGAUUCCCGAUAUUCCCGAUGAUUCCAUAACAGUACCAAAUCGUCGUCCAUUAUCACGUAUUGAAGAUUUAAUUGAUAAACGUAAAACAAAUCGUGGAUUAACACCAACAGUAACUCCAACUAAAAAACGAUCACAAUCAUAG